AUGGAGAUGAAGAAAAUAUAGUUGCAUGAACCUUAGAUUAUUUAAAAUGGUACAGGAUAUUAUUAGAAAAAUUAUGGCUGCUACAAAAAUUCCAAUAUUUUUGUUUGUUAUGAUUUAACAAAACGAACAUUGAUACCCUUAUCACUUGCAAAGUAUUCAGCCAAAAUAUUACCUGGGUUGUGUAUUGUGUAAUUAGAAUUAAGAUAUUCAACUGAUAAAUAGAAUGAACCCAUUGAUCUGGAAUAUGUUUUUUCGAUUAAUAAAAAUGCUGCUGUUACUAAAAUGAUCGUUAAGCAAGGGCAAACUAAAGUUUACGGUAUAGUAAAGGAAAAGGAGGAAGCAAAGGAAUAGUAUGAAUAAGGACUAAAACAAGGAAAAACCACGGCAUAUAGUGAAUAGGAUAAGAAUUUUCCUUAGAUAAAACGAGUGAAAGUAGGAUAGCUUGCACCAAAUAAGUAAUUGAUGAUUACUUUUGAGUAUAUACAACCCUUAGAGGUGUUUCUAAAUAAAUUUUGGAAAAUCGAAUUAUUCCCAGUUAUUGAUUACAAUUUUGUAUAUGGCAAUAACAAGUAGAUGAUUGGUAUUCAUGAUGAGUAGAUUUAUGGAUAUUUAAAUAGAUUAUUUAGGAUUUAAGAUUUCGAGUUUACAUUUAAAUAAGAAAUUUAGGUGGAAAUAGAGAUUGGAUCACCGAUUACAUUUUGGAAAUCCCCUACUCAUGAACUUGUAUCAAUUAAUGCCUAAGAUAGUGUGAAAGGAAAUAAUAAUCAUUUAAUGCUUCAGUUAGAAGAUAAUCAUAAGAACUACGACCCGAUUAAAUCAUUUACCUUACUUUUUUCUUCAGAUGAAAUCAAUCUACCCAGGGCGGUUCUAAGUCAUACAAAUAAUGAUGCCUUACAAUAUUAGAAAUAUUGUGCUACAUUAACAUUCAUUCCAAAAUUUAAUGUAGUUUCUUUAGAUGAUGCUUAUUCACAAUAUUUAGAUGGAUUAAUUAUAGCGGAUAAUCAAAAAAUAAUAAGAGGUAAUUACUUAUUCAUUAUUGAUCGAAGCGGAUCUAUGAGUGGAUCAAGAAUCAGUAAAGCCAAAGAAGCAUUAAUUCUGUUUCUAAAAAGUUUGCCUUAAGAUUCAGAGUUUAACAUUAUUUCAUUUGGUAGCAAUUUUUAUUCUUUGUGGAACGAAUCCAAAAUGUAUUCAUAAAAUUCUUUAGAAUAAGCAAUUAACCAUGUUUAAAGUAUGGAUGCCAACUUGGGAGGAACACGUAUAAUUGUUCCAUUAAAGGAGAUGGUAUAUAACAAAUAUUAUGGAGCUUCCAAUAAAACAACUCUAAAUGUGUUCUUGCUUACAGAUGGAGAGGAUUUUGCUGAUCCGAUUAUUGAUUUGGUUCAGAAAAAUAACCGAGCAUAAACGAGAAUCUACACUUUAGGAAUUGGUGAAGGAUGUAGUUAAUAUUUGAUCAGAAGAGUGGCUGAAGUUGGAAAUGGUAAACAUUAAAUUGUUAGUGAUAAGGAGGAUAUAAGUGAAAAAAUAAUUGACCUACUUGAAGAUUCCUUAACUCCAUAUCUGGAGGCUUUUACUCUAGAAUCUAACAUAACUAAUAUAGUCUCGAUUAUUCCUAAUCCAGACUCAAUUGUUAGUUUGAAAAAAAAUUAAGAACUCACAAUCUAAGUACUUUUUUCAAAAGAAGAGACACCAGAAAUUCUAGAGUUUAGGAUCAAUUGUUAUGAUCCAUAAAUCAAAAAUAAAUUUAAUAUUCUGUAAAGUUAAACUUGA